UUUUUUUUUUAUUUUUUUAUAUUUCUAAAAACUUUCUUUUUACUUUUUAUUUUUAUUUCAAAUAAACAUAUGCCUGUAUCACAUUUAGGUUCUAUACGAACUUUAAUAAUUGCCGCAACAUCAUUUACCACGAGUAUCUAUGGUCACCCAUUAAAAGCAUUUCAACAAGAAGUAACGGGAGAAGAGCCUCCUAUUGACUACACUUCUGCUGACUUCAUCGAAAAAAUGACAGUAGUUAUGUUGCUUGUUCUUUUAGGUGGUGCUUUUGCCGGUCUUACCUUGGGCUUAAUGGGAAUGGACGAAACUAAUCUCCAUGUUCUUAUUCAAUCGGGUACAGAAUCCGAAAGAAAGAAUGCUACCAAGGUAUUGAAAUUGUUAGACCGUGGUAAGCAUUGGGUUUUGGUUACUUUGCUUUUGUCCAACGUCAUUGUGAAUGAAACUUUACCAAUCAUUUUGGACGGUGUGCUUGGCGGUGGUUGGAAGGCCGUUGUCAUCUCUACUGCUUUAAUUGUUAUUUUUGGCGAAGUGAUUCCUCAAUCUAUCUGUGUCCGUUAUGGUUUAGCCAUUGGUGCCAAGACCUCCGGUAUGGUUCUUGCAUUGAUGUAUAUCAUGUAUCCUAUUGCCUAUCCUACUGCUUUACUCUUGGAUUACUUUUUAGGUGAAUCUCACGGUACUAUUUAUAAGAAAGCAGGUCUUAAAACACUUGUUUCGUUACAUCAAUCUGUCAACUCUUCAGAUGUGGACGCACUUACCGAAGAUGAAGUUACUAUUAUUGGGGCUGUUCUUGACUUGAGAUCUAAGCCAGUUUCCCAGAUUAUGACCCCUAUUGCUGAUGUAUUUACACUCUCUACUGAAGAUCUCUUGGAUGAGGCAUUGGUAGAUAAGAUUUUGAUUGCUGGUUAUUCUCGUAUUCCCGUUCACGCCCCAGGAGAUAACCUCAACUUUGUUGGCAUGCUUUUAACUAAACGUUUGAUCACUUAUGACCCUGAAGAUGCUCAUCCCGUCAAGGAUCUUCAAAUCAGUACUUUGCCAGAGACAGGUCCCGAUACCAGCUGUCUUGACAUCUUGAACUUUUUCCAAGAAGGUAAAAGUCACAUGGCCUUGAUUUCUAAGGAGCCUGGAGCCAAUAAGGGUGCUCUUGGUGUAAUUACUCUGGAAGAUGUGAUUGAAGAAUUAAUUGGUGAAGAAAUCAUUGAUGAAACUGAUGUCUAUGUUGAUGUUCAUAACAAGAUUAGAGUUGUUCGUCGCCAAGUAGCCAACAGAAGAAAUAGUCGUUUAGGCCGUUUAUUGACCAAGAAGCGUGUUCCCGGAGCUCGUCAAAACUCCACUAGUUCCCACAAGGUAGUUGAACCUUAUUUAAAGCCUGUUUAUGGAGCUAUUCCUGAUGGGUCUGUCUUGUCCACUUCUCCUGAUAUGCACAAUGGCAGAGCUGGUGAACACCAACCUCUUUUAGGUCACGAGUAGACACAUACACACACAUGUAAAUAAAUUUGUUGUUUUUUUUUCUUC